CCAAUGGUGCACUGAGCUUCAUGCGAUGGGCUUGUACAGUACAGGAAUAGAUAAUCAUAUACCAUCAGGCCCUCAGUUUUGUGCGCGUUACGACAAAAGCCUGGAAAAUCUGGCGCACUGUUAGUCUCCCAGAUUGGCAAGUUUGUCCCCCCCUCCCCCUACUGAACAAAAUUUGCCCGGCAACAUUAUUAUACGUUCUUUUAUGCAGAAUAUGGACUUAGUUUGUAGUUCAGUUGCAGAAUUGUACAAUGGACGCCAACUCUGAGUUUGCACAGUCUUUUGAUACGUUGGUUUUCGUGAUCUCUGCCCGAACGCCUGUCCGCCGGGGUAGCCAACGGCGCAGAGCGACAAAGAAACCUCGAGAUUGUGUCCUUAGAUGUUAUUCGUCGUCGUCGUUGUCGUCAACGUCGUUGUUGCUGUUUACUGUAACCAUGUGCUCUAAUUUUCUUCUCAAACCCUGGCUCAUCUCUAUCUUGAUUUCGACAGGUAUCUUUCCUGUGACCUCUGAGCUCUCAGGCUAGAACGGACUCGACGUGCGGUACCCGGGGGUAUUUAACUAAUCCCAACCCACUGACAUCACAAGUUGCCUAACGCAACUUCGCUCCACGCGGCAGCGACACGACACCACAAAAAGAGAGUUCCCCGACCAUCGAACGUCUGGCUAAUUUUCGUCUGACUGCUGUCCCGCCCUGUUUAAUAAGUUGGACCCUCCGCAUUUCUGACAAGUUGUCCACGGGGCGCUCGAUUAUUUUUUGGAAGGUUUGUUUGGGCGAGAGGUUCGACGUCUGGGCGACGACCGCUGGCCAAGCUCACCAUGGGUAGCUCCGUCAACCCCUUCGUCAAUAACAACAUGGAAGGUAGCCGGCAGAAGCUCACAUUUGAGGAGCAAGUCAUCUACAAGAGGCCCACCAAGGUGUACAUGAUCACCCUGCUUAUCUUAGCCUUGACAACCAUCGCCGUGCUGGUCCCUCUAGUUGUGGUUGUUCUGGAGAGGAACAAACUGGCAAAAGACGUGGAAGAAAUGAAGUCAUCACAAAACUCCAGGUUGUGUACAUCGGAACAGUGUGUCAAGUCGGCUGGAAUCUACCUGGACAAUAUGAACCAACGCGCCGACCCCUGCGAUAACUUCUUCGAAUACGCUUGCGGCGGCUGGGUCAAGAAAAAGGUCAUUCCGGAGGACAGAUCAAGUUUCAGCGCUUUCACCGACCUGAGAGAGGAAGUGGCUGUCAAGUGCAAAGAGUUGUUUGAGAGAGACGGAAAACCCGGCGAGGCGAAAUCUAUCACUAGUGUCCGAAACUUCUACAAGUCAUGCCUCGAUCUAGACAAGAUCAAUGAGAAGAAUUCUCAGCCACUGAUGGACCUCCUCCAAGCCUUGGGUGGCUGGCCCGUGCUAGGUAACACCCAGGGUGGGAACUGGAACCGGUCUUCGUUCCAGUUCGAGAGCUUCUGGGCCUUCCUUAGCGGGAAGUACGGCGCCGACUUGAUUGUCUCCUCGUGGGUUGGAGUAGAUGACAAGAACUCAUCAAGUCACAUACUGAAGCUCGAUCAACCGUCUCUUGGCCUUGGCAGCAGGGACUAUUACCGGGAUGCAGAGUUUGAAGAGGAAAGAGCAGCGUAUUUGCAGUACAUGGUUGACGUCAUCGUAGAGCUUGGUGGGGACGAAGCAACGGCCAGACCAGAAAUGGCUAAUGUCUUGGAGUUCGAAACGACCAUAGCAAACAUGUCCACACCAAAGGCUGAGAGGCGAGACAACGAGGCACUGUAUAACAUAUAUACCCUGGAAGAACUGACCACAGUCUACCCCCAGAUCAACUGGACGCUGUACUAUGACUUGGUCAUGCCGGAGAAAGUGAAGCCUAUUCUUCCCUCGGAACGAAUCGUCAACAGGGCGCCAGCAUACAUGGAGAACCUCACCGACUGGCUAGAGGCACAGGACAACAGAGUGAUCGCCAACUACAUGGUGUGGCGACUUGUGGACAUAAUGGUGCCUGACCUCGGCCAGACCUUCAUCGAUAUUUACCAGCGGUACCUGAACGUCUUGAGGGGGACAUCGACUACCUCGGCCCGCUGGAAGCGAUGCGUGAAUGAGGGUAACAUUGUGUCGGAGUUUGCCAUUGGGCGCAUGUACGUAGAGGAGAACUUUCCUGCGGUCGCCAAGGAGAAGACAGUCGAGAUGAUAGGCAACUUGAAGACUGCCUUCAAGGCCAUGCUGGAGACGAAUGACUGGCUACAGGAGGCGGACAAGAAAGUGGCUGCGGAGAAGGCUGACAAAAUGCGAAUUGAUGUGGGUUACCCUGACUGGAUAAUGGACGAUGUCAAACUGGACGAAAAAUACCAAGGGUUGGACUUUCUUGCCGACACCUACUUCGAGAACUCUCUCCUGUUCCGCCAGUGGAGUAGGACCGAUAGUCUCUCCCUUUUGCGGGACAUUGUGGACAGGACAGCUUGGACGUCCGGCCCUGCAGUUGUAAACGCGUAUUUCAGCUCCAGCAAGAAUCGAAUUCUUUUCCCAGCUGGAAUUCUGCAGCCUCCUUUUUACCAUCAAGAUUUGCCCUGGUAUUCGAAUUACGGUGGCAUCGGAGUGGUCAUCGGUCAUGAAAUCACACACGGAUUUGAUGACAGAGGGAGACAAUAUGACAAAGAUGGCAACCUGGUGGACUGGUGGAGCGCAGACUCAGUGGUGAAAUUCAAGGAGAGGGCGCAAUGCAUUGUGGACCAGUACGGGGACUUCGUCAUGCCCGAGACCGGCGAAACCCUGAACGGCGUCCAGACACAAGGAGAAAACAUUGCUGAUAACGGGGGCUUGAAAGAGUCGUACAAGGCCUACAAGGAUAAUGUGGCUAACGAGCCGGCUCUACCAGGGUUAAACUUUACCGCAGACCAGAUGUUCUUCUUAACCUUUGGCCAGAUAUGGUGCAGUGCCUUUCGGCCGGAAGGUGUGACGUCACAAAUCCUAUCAGGAGUUCAUAGUCCCGGUCGCUACAGGGUCAUCGGCCCUAUGCAGAACAACGAAGCCUUUGCCAAGGCCUUCAGCUGCCCGCCAACAAGCUACAUGAACCCGGCAGACAAAUGCAAUGUCUGGUAGCCGCCGCCCGACUGUCCAGCCUUGUGUAUAAUUAUUCGGUGUAAAUUAAUGUCAGUGCCGUGGUACGUCUUUUCGUUCGUUGACUCGACUGAUUUUGGCGAACUUGAGAAGUGUACAUUCGUGAUUUACGCUGAUAUUUAAAGUGUAGGCCUAAAUGUAAAGCAGGACCUGCAGGGUUGGGAUGACUGAUGUGGGAUUAGAACAAGGGAAGUUGGAACAUCGUCCAGUCAAUUUUCCUGUUCACUGGAAUCGCACCAGACUGUAGACAAAGCUUCUUGCGUACCAUCAAUUUUGUAAUGUGAACAAUAAUUUGAAGGUCGUAACUCAGUUUGAUAGUUGGGUGCCGAGAUUUGUGUUCGCCAGGGGAGGUGGGGCGUAGCCCAUUUCAGUCAGAUUAUUCUGGCUUAUACUAGUUAUAAAUUGAACGAGUUCAAAUCCCAAAACGAAAUAAAAUCCAGUUUCCACCUUCCCAUAAAUCAGGACCCCCCCAUUACUUUGUGCACGAAAUGGGGACCGUUCAUUCCAUCGUGAGUCCUCUGUAAAAUUUGAACUAAAAGAGAGUUUUUUUCUGCAAAACUGAUUAUUGAUCAAGUGGACGGGUUUCCUCAUUUUUGCGUUUUAACUGUUCAAUUACACAUGAUGGUCAUUCUCUUCUCAUAUUCUCUAUUAGCGAUCUCUUCUUUGAUAACAAGACGUACAUGUACGUGUAGGUAACCAGCUUUUUGUACAUACAGUUGUUUGUGCAUUUAAGUCACCUUCGGAAGCACUCUACUCAUUAUUAAUUUGUAUACGCUGUGGAGAUGUACAUACAGUGGCAGUUUUAACAAUCUGUAAUGCCUGUCGUAAAAUCGUGUAUUUUUAUCGAGAGCAGAACAGUUUUUAAUAGGGCUGGAGUCCUCCGAUAAGGACACCGUAGAUGGCGCUAUUCAACCAUUCCUGUGGACUCCGCUUUGUGAAAUAUAACACGUGCGUAUAUAAUAGGAAUCGAAAGUCUCAUUUGAAUCUUAUUUGUACAAGGAGAAAGGUAUAGGUCUUCAUCGGUGUUAAACGCACGUAUGGGCUCAUGCUCACUUAAAGUAGACCUAUAGCCGUAGCCCCUGGAGCCCGUUUCGGACAGACGGCCUCAUUUCCAUCUGAAAGUUCACAAAGAUUUAUAUAAUGCUUUUUUUUGUUAUCGGAAUUAUCCUCUUGAUUGUACUUUCUAUUUACAUGUACUCUCUUAGACUUCUCAACUCACGUGCUGCAUGUAAGAAUUAUUAGUACUGAUUAUGUAAAAUGGUAAUUAUUGUCGCGUAUGAUAUUUGCUAUACGUUAAGUGGAUCUAAAUGAGUGUCUCUGUACUUUGUGAAUAAAACGUAUUCGUAAAGAUGCCAAUGUGCAUGUAUAUAUGAUGACGCACAAACAUACACGUAGUUGUAUCAUUUUACCAUACGUGGACCGAAUUUCCAAGCAUUUUACACAGCGUCUGAAGGCUUAUUCCUCUCGAUUAGACCGAACUUCCAAUACCUCAAACAGAGUUUAGAAGCAGUUGAAUAAAACUGAAGACAUAACAAGAAAACUUGUGAACA